CGGGGCCGAUUUGCACAGAGUCAGUUUCCAAAGCCACAUUCGAAUGUCUCCGCCAGUAACAAUCCCAUCGACGGGCAGGCGGUGGCGAGGAAUUGCCGAGCAGCCUCGGAGAACUGGAGCGCGGCUCCUCUCCAGCCUUCCUCGGAAGUUUCCUUUGUUGUUCAUUCGGAGACCCUCCCUUUUUUUUUUUUGCUCGCCUUGAUGCUGCUGCUGAGGGGGGAAGCGGAGUCUCCGGGGAUCCGCUAGAGCCGCGCGGGGGCCGAGAGGGGAGCGCGUUUCCGCCGCAUCUCGAUUCUUUGCAAGAAGCUGCGCUGGGGACUCUGAUGCACCCGUUCCAGUGGUGUAACGGAUGCUUCUGUGGUUUGGGGUUGAUUUAUACCAACAAAUCCUGCACCAUGCCUCCCAUCACCUUCCAGGAUUUACCACUGAACAUCUACAUGGUGAUUUUCGGCACCGGCAUCUUCGUUUUCGUCCUUAGCCUCAUUUUUUGCUGCUACUUCAUUAGCAAACUUCGGCAUCAAGCACAGAGUGAAAGAUUUGGAUACAAGGAGGUGGUUUUGAAAGGUGAUGCCAGAAAACUCAACUUGCACGGGCAGACUUGCGCCGUCUGCCUAGAAGACUUUAAAGUGAAAGAUGAGCUGGGAGUGUUGCCAUGCCAACAUGCCUUCCACAGAAAGUGCCUCGUGAAGUGGCUGGAAGUCCGGUGUGUCUGCCCCAUGUGCAACAAGCCCAUUGCAGGCCCCACAGAGCCUCACCAGAGCAUCGGGACCCUCCUGGAUGAGCUGGUGUGACAUUUGCCUCCCCCCACCCACAACUGCUGCCCCAUAGCAGAGCCUCUGCUGAAGCAGACUGUUGCCCAGAGACUCUGUAUUUCAUACUUGCUUCCCAGACAGAGACACCUUCUGCCGGGUAUUGUCAUCUCCCUCCCAGAAGGAGGGAAAGAAGGACCAUGUCGAGUGCCAAGACAGAGGGCGAGUAGGCCUUGCAGCCAGUCUGCAGCCUGGGAGCAAUCGCAAGGGGAUGCUGGAUGAAGUCAAGCCUGAAAGCCGUGUGCCACCAUUCUCUAAUGCACCAAGAGCUUGGAUGCACCUCCCAUGAGGACAAUACAAGUCUCUGCCACCAGAUUCUGAAACUGGACUCUUGGGGACACUUUGAGCUCCAGCAGCCAGAUCGAGUCUUCCCUUCCUCUAGGAAUUGCAGCCAACAAAAGGCAAUUGUUCAGCAUCUCUUCUAUUUUUAGCAGGUCUAAUAACACCCUCCCCCCCCUUUUUUAAAAAAUAGAAAGUCAGACCUCUCCACCCCCAUUGUGGGGCCACGGACUCAUGCUUGGGGAAGUAUCCUUUUUUCCCAAUUAAAACCAAGAGCUAUAGCUUGGGUGCUGCCUGACCCAGAUCAGUCGCUGGGUUCUGCUAAGAUUCUUCUCUGCAAAACCUACAGUCUGUGUUUACAGAUGGAAGAGCAUUAUGUAUGCUGUUGAAGAUGCUGUCCGCCUGGCCGGCAGAAGAGCAAGAGGGUCAGUCUUUGCACCGCUGCCUCAGACUUGUGGCUUGAGCAGGUGGAAAGGGGCCAGGUCUUGACUUUUGGCCAUUCCUUACUGGCAUCUAGUGAAGGAGGAGGAGGCAUCAGGGGAGAAAAAGAGGGGGGGGGCUCUUCUUUUUUGAUCUGGAAGAUGGGUGGGAUGUAUUUUCUUAAGUGGCCUUUGAAGUUUUUUCCCCCCCUUCCUAUUCUGUCCUCGUGCAGAAAAAAAAUAAAUCUUUCUCUUGAAA